CUCGUACUAUACCUCCCUCUAUCACCAGACAUUAUCUUCCGUCGCGUUGUAUACGGCGUCAUCUCCGUGGUCAUUGCGUACACACUAGCAUACAAGCUCAUCAUCAUAUUUCAAUGCACGCCUGUGGCCGCAGCAUGCGAUAUCUCGGUGAAGGGCACAUGUAUA